AUGUCUUUGGGCGGACCCCGAGCCAGGACCAGGAAGAGAGGUCUGUCUGUCUCUGCUCCACGCACCGCUCACGGCUUGAAGGACCAAAUCACUGCAGGACAUUUAGCAGUCAUGGCAGAGCUGGCCGGUCUGGUGGCUCGUCUGGAGUCCGCAGUGGAACGUCUGGAGGGAAUGUCUGUUUCUGGAGGAUGUGCUCCAUCUACUGGAGGACCUGUGUCUCCGUUCGUGGAGGAGUUCGAUGCCAUUGUGAGCGGAGCCGUGGCUCAGUAUCUGACCUUAAGCCAGAAGAUUGGAGGAGACGUCCAAAAGCACGCCGACAUGAUGAAGGAAGGUUUCUCUGCUGUCAGACAAAUUCUGUUCGUCGCCUCCUCACACCAGAAACCUGCCGAUUCUGCCCUGGGUACUGUCCUCCAGCCAGUCUCUAAGGUGGUGACUCAAGUGCAGAACUUCCGUGAAGCAAAUCGAAGAUCUGAUCACUUCAACCAUCUGUCUGCAGUGAGCGAGAGUGUGGGCGCCCUCGGCUGGAUCGCUGUGGCUCCUAAACCUGGUCCGUACGUGAAAGAGAUGAAUGAUGCCGCCAUGUUCUACACCAACCGCGUCCUCAAAGACUACAAAGAGAAGGAUAAGACUCACACAGAGUGGGUGAAGUCCUACCUCAACAUCUGGACAGAGAUGCAGACAUACAUCAAGAAGCACCACACCACUGGCCUGUUCUGGAGCAAGACUGGUCCUGUGGCCUCUGGCUCCUCUGCUCCUCCUCCUCCUUCCGGUGGUUGUCCUCCUCCUCCUCCUCCUCCUGGACCUCCUCCUCCUGCGCUGGACCUCAGCGGAGGAGGAGACUCGGGUAACGACAACCGCAACGCUCUCUUUGCCUCCAUCAACAAGGGAGCAGACAUCACUAAAGGUCUCAAACAUGUGUCUGAUAAGGAGAAGACCCAUAAGAACCCGACACUGAGGGGGGCUGGGGGCCCGGUGCGAACAGGACCCAAACCCUUCGCUGUGGCCCCCAAACCUGCAGCCGCCACUCAGGCCCUGCCUCCAGUCCUCGAGCUGGAGGGGAAGAAGUGGAAAGUGGAAAACCAUGAGAACGUCCAGAACCUGGUGAUCAGUGACACGGAGCUAAAACAGGUUGUCUACGCUUUCAAGUGCAACAAGAGCACUCUGCAAGUGAAGGGCAAGAUCAACUCUAUCACCUUGGACAACUGUAAGAAAAUUGGUUUGGUUUUUGACGACGUUGUUGGAAUUGUGGAGGUCAUCAACUGCAGAGACGUCAAAAUUCAAGUGAUGGGUAAAGUUCCCACCAUUUCAAUCAACAAAACAGACGGAUGUCACGUGUAUCUGAGCUCUGAGUCUCUGAGCUGCGAGAUUGUCAGUGCCAAGAGCUCAGAGAUGAACGUCUUGGUGCCAAACAAGGACGGAGAGUUUAGCGAGAUGCCAGUACCAGAGCAGUUCAAGACGGUCUGGGACGGUCACAAGCUGGUGACCACCAACACUGAGAUCGCUGGGUAA